AUGGUGGGAUUGAAACGUCAGAUUGAAUCACAUUCUACGCAUCAAAAUGGACAUAAGCAACACAAACGAAAAAAAUUGAAAAAAUCUGAGGAGGAGAAUGACCAGUCAACAUGGUUUGAAUCGGAAAUAUUUUAUGAUUCAACUGUUACACAAAUGAAGAUCACCGAAUUGUUAAAUGAAGUUAAUUUAAAACAAAAACAACGUAUGGAAAUUGAAAAAUUUAUUGAAAAUGUAUCGAAAACAAUUAGAUCGAUUCCAGAAGGAAAAACAAAAGAUUUGUCAAAAUUUUUAUCAUGGUUUGAAAAAUUCAAUAUUCGUUUACCAAUUUCAUUUUCAAAGUCAUCAUUAAAUAAAAAAUUUCAUUUUUUACCACCUAUAACAAUUGAAACAAUUGGCUCAUAUAAUUAUAAUUGUGUUAUUAAAUCCAUAACAUCAGGUUAUUUAUCAAUUGAUUUAUUAGUGGAAAUUCCAAAAAAAUGUAUAAAUAAACAUGAUUAUUUAAAUGCAAUUUAUGUUCAAAAACGUGCCAUAUAUUUGUGUUAUUUGGCUAAAAAAUUAAUAUUAUCAAAAAAACAUAGUUACAUAUGUGAAUUUCAACAUAUGAAUGAAACAACAUUAAAUCAAGCAUUAUUAAUUGUUAAACCAAAUGAUAAUUCAUCAAAAAAACGUUUCAAAUCAAAAUUGAGUAAUUUAAGAUUGAACUGGUAUCAAAAUAAUAAUGAUCAAGAUGAAAAAUAUGAGAAUAUAUUUUAUCCUACUCCAAAUUAUAACUGGAGUAUAUUAUUUGAUACUUGUUUAAAAGGAAAUUCACAAUAUUUAUCUGAAAUAUUUUCAAAUAGUAAAGAACUUUGUAAUGGUUUAAAAUUAUUGAAAAUUUGGCUUUAUCAACGUCAAUUACACAAAGGUUAUGGUGCAUUUACCGGAUGUAUGUUGAGUUUUUUUGUCGCCUAUUUAUUGAAUCAAAAUAAAUUGAAUCGACAAAUGAAUAGUUAUCAAAUAUUUCGUGUUACAUUAGUUAACAUAAUUGAAAGUGAUUGGUCAUCAACUGCCGACUGUUCAUUUGGAAGUAUUAAUAAUGAAUGGUCAAGUGAAGAUGACUGUGUUCUUGUUGCUCCAUCGGGUUAUUUAAAUAUUUUUCAUACAAUGACAAAUGAAACUUAUGCUAGAUUAAAAUAUGAAGCACGAUUAUCAUUGGGUUCAUUUGAUGAUAAUGUUAUUGAUCACUUUCAAGUAUUAUUUAUGACACCAAUAUCUCCACUUUACGCUAUGGAUGCUAUAAUUAAAAUAUCAUCGCUCAAUGAUCAUAAAAAAUUACUUGAUGAAGAGUCAAAUAUUGAUAUUCAAUUAAUGGAUCAUUUAGGAAAUGAACAUAUUUUAAUUUGUCGAAAACUUUGUCAAUUAUUGAAAAAAGGUUUAAACGAACGAAUUGAACUAAUAUGUUAUGUGCCUGAAUCAACAACAUCAAAUUCUACGCAAAUGGAACAAGACUCUAAUAUAAGUAUUAUUUUAAAAAAAUUUGAACAAUUAACUGAUAUAUUUGAUAAUUGUCAUAAAUCUAAAUUAUCACAUGAAUCAAAUGAAAAUUAUAUAUCAAAAUUAGUUGAAAAUAUUCAUGAAUGGGAAAUAAAUGCUAUUGAACGAAUAAAACAAAUAUCAUAUGAGACAUGUGAACAAUUACAAUUGAUUUAUAAAAAAUAUUUGAAUGAAUAUGAUGAACAAUAUGAAAAAGUUUAUAAAAAAAUUCAAAAUUUUUCAAAUGAAUCAUCCUAUCAAACAGAUGAAUAUUAUUCUAUGCAUUUAGAAGAAGAUAUUAAUUAUUUAAAAAUAUAUUGUCAAUUAAAUAAUAUUGAUGAUCGUAUUCGUUUACAUCUUCAAUCAAUUGAAAUAUCAAAAAAACAAAUAAAUAUUUAUUAUGUACC